UCAGCAACUUAUAAUGGGACUGCAGUGGGCAUUCUGACACUGGAGGGAACUGACUUGGUGUCACUGACAUCUCCAGUGUCACCAAUACAGUGAUCAGUGCUAAUAAAAAGCACUGACACUGUACUAAUGGCACUGGGCAGGAUGGGGUUAACAUGUGGGGCAAUCAAAGGGUUAACUGUGUGCUGUGUGUAUUUUACUAAGUGUGCUGUGUUUCACUGUAAUCCUACUGCUUUGAAUGGCUCUGCUAAGCAGAGCCAUACAAAGCAAUAUGCAGGAGCUGACAGGAGAGAGAUCUGUGUUGUUUAUACUCAGGUCUCUACCCCAUCGGAGAUACUCGGCAAUCACUGGGGGCAGGCGAAAAAU